AUGGCUUCAGCUGGUGGCUUUAGCAACGACCCAGGUCUCCUCGUUUCUACUUGUCAAUCUGAAUGUUUGUAUGACCAUAUCUACACUGUUAUUAAAAUAACCCUCAAAAUCGCAUUUGUGAUUAUCAUUGCCUUUUUAGCUCGAUCAUGGUGGCGACUACGACACGUCCCAGGCCCUUUUACGGCUGCAGUGGGUACUUUUCAAUUCUGCAGGUCCAAAAACGACCAUAAUCGUCAGCUUGAGCUGGAGAAGCUAUACUAUGAAUAUGGAGAUGUGGUCCGCACCGGGCCCAGCCGAAUCGUGACCACCGAUGUUCAAGCACUUCAGAGGCUGACGCCCAUCAUCUCAGCCCAUGAGAGUGGCUUUCUUAGGCGUGUCUCACAAAAUAUCUCCAUCUCAUACUUUUCCCCGCACGAGUCGCUGGAUGAUGAGGAGCACGUACGCAAGUCUCUGGGAGCUCAUAUGGCCGUGGAUAUCGCCAAAGUUGCUGCGUGCAUGGAAGAUCAUUGCAGGGUCCUCGUCGAUACUAUCAAGGAGGCAUGUCUUUCUUCAGGGACGCGCUGUCAUUUCUUGGACCCCACGUCUAUGGCUCAAGAAAUAACCCAACAUGUUGCCGACCUCGGCGAUUUGGAUUUCUAUGAGGCUAUAUAUAAUAAAUAUGCUGCCGGCCUUAACACACGACGGGCCCCAGCGAACCAACUUCUUGCCACCAUUAACUACAUGGCAACCACUAUGCAGAACACUCUGACCAGGAUCAUUGCAUCUCCUGUUACUUACGCAAGACUGCGAGAAGAAAUCGAUGGCUCACAAGACUACUCCACUGUUUUGUCGCCUGUACAAGAUGAUAAGGGUUGUAAGUCCUAUCUCCAGGCAGUUAUAAGAGAAGGGAUACGAUUGUUCCCGGCCAGGAUCAAUCCCCUCUAUACGGUGCCCGAAGAUGGUGCAACCAUCGGCGGCCAUCGCAUUCCAUCUGGCAUCACGGUCGCUCUGAAUAACACGGCUUUGAUGCAUUCGAAGAGGAUAUGGGGAGCCGACGCGGAUUUGUUCCGGCCAGAACGUUGGCUCGAGGCCACAGCUACGACGUUUGCCACCAUGCAUCAAGCAUUGAUAGCGCCAUGGGGUGUCGGAGAGAAUGCGACAUUGCACCAGAUAGUCUACCAGGCAGCCCUCGGUGGGAGUGUUAGGGAAGUAUGUGAAAUCGAAUUCCGGAACAUUCUGAGCAAGUUUGAAAACUAA